UCGAAUUCCAUACAGAACAUCAAAUAAAAAGUGAAAACUACGUAAUUUUCAAAAUUUUAGGGAAUUUUGUCGUGGUUGGUAUGACAAUAAUGUCAAUGUAACACUUGAAGUUUAAAUUUAUGAUUAUUAACAAUGUAGCAUCGAGAAUUUAUUGGCCAACAAAUUUAUUUCUGCGUACGAAAACAUCAUUUCGUUAUUAUGACGUUUAUUUAUUUCUUAAUUGACAAUCAGUGACAUUUGUAAUUACUAUCAGUUUUAAAAAUAUAAGUAAAUUGAGGCAAUUUUAUUACGAAACUCAAUUAAGCUACAAGAUCACUUAAUGUGGGUACUUUAACAGCUCGGUUAUAAACACGAAGUAAAGGGCGUUUCAAAAUGAUUUUCAUCUAUAUAUGUGUUAUAGUUAGCUUUGAAAUCGUUUCAACUCCUAUCUUUCCCUUGAUGCAAAUCUGCAGCCAUAGGCGCCUAUAUGAAAAUAAUUUUGAAACAAUUUGUACUUUGAAAAAUAUAUUGAAAAAGAAAAACAAGUUUCAUCAGACGAAUUCCAAAAUAGAAAAUGAGUCGGCAGACGAGUUUUCUAUGGGAUGGGUACCAUAAAAUGUAUUAUGAAACGUGUAUUUUAUACUUUCUUUUCAACUUCACACCUUUUUUUUUUAAUACUUACAUAAAAAUUGGAAUUUAAAUUUUUUUUCGGAAUUUUGGCGUGGUUGGUACUGCAAAUGUGAGAUUGUGACAUUUGAAGCUUAAAUUUUCAUAAUCAUAAAUGAAUAUUAUUAAUAAUGUACAUAUAUCUAAUAGUACUAUUAGAUAUAUGAUAAUGUAGUAGCAUCCAGAAUUUAUUGCCGAAUAAAUUUCAUUUCUUCUUUUGACGUUUAUUUUAUUCGUUAUUUGACAGUGACAUUUGUAAUUACUAUCAAUAUGAAAAUGUAAAUUAUAGCAGUUGUAUUAUGAAAUUCGAUUAAGCUCUGGGUGACUAUUAUUAGUGGUUGAAGCACUUGAAGCGAAUUUUUGUGUUGGCAGUUCUGAAUUAUUGGUACCAAUGCUAGUAUGUCAGUUCACAGUUGUCAAUUUUGACAUGAGUGGGUCUAAACGAACGUUUGUUGAAACGAUGGCACCUACUGAUUUGGUGUUAUAAAUCUCAAUUUGACAAUUAGAUAUGCGAUCACAAAAUUUUAAUUAUGUCGCCAACCUGACAAAAAAGUCAUAAACAUUAAGUUUCUAAGUAUUAUCACAAAAUAAAUUAUUACAAACAACAUGUGAAGCUAAAGACAAUCUUACGGUCCUCGAAAUACAAGGAAUUGCUCAAAGUAGGAUUUAUUGCCUCAUAAAUCUCGUCCUGCAGAACAGGUUUCACUCUUUUGAUGUUUAUUUUAUUUUUAAUUUGACAAUGACAUUGUAAUUACUACCAAUCUUGAAAAUAUAAAUUACACCAGUUCUUUUACUAAACUUAACAAAGCUAUUAUUAGAGUAUCAAUCUGGGUUCUUAAAAAGCUCGGUUAGAAACGCGAAGUGGAACAAAUAAUUUAUUUAAUUAUAGUAUAUUAAAGAACGAGUUUCAUAAGGCAAAUAUUGAGGCACGAAUCCAAGUUUAUAGAACGAGCGGCGAAGCCGCGAGUUAUAUAAAGGAUGAGUGCCUCAAUGGCCUUAUGAACGAGUUAUUUAUACUAUUUUUUCUACCGCACACGUUUUUUCCCAAAAUUUAAUUGAAAUUUGCAUUUUUUUUAAUCUGGGGACUUUUGUCGUGGUUGGUGAUGGGUCGGUCUGACACUAACCACGAAAUAUUUGAGGUUCGAAUUUUCACAACAACAAUUGUAAUUCGAACCAAUUCGAGUUUUUGUAAUUUAAAAUUGGUUAAAAUGUCUUGCGAAGAAGUUACGCGUCCGGAAACAUGAGAAAUUUUAAGUUUAGAUUUGCCACUGACAUUCACCUGACAUUUCUCGUCAUUGCUACCAAUCUUACCGAUCUAAAUUACACCAGAUCUAUUAAAGAACGCCUUUCCGCUAUUAACGAACUGCUGUGACGUCAUUUGCGUGCGUUAAUAGCUCUAUUAGAAAACCAAAAAACGUGGGCGGUAGAAAAAAUUUCUUAAAAAAAGCCCAUCUUAGUAGUCAACAGCAAAGCUGAAUAUCUACUUUUACGUAUAAAUUAAGAAUUAUUUAUCUAAACCCAGCUAAGCGACACUGCGGAACGUGUGUUGAAUUCGGUAAAACAUUAAUCUCACACCUGUGCAAAAUGUACAAAGUGAACGAAGAUGUAAAAAAGCGGGUGUAUGAAGCGUUUGGACGAAACGAAGAAAUGGUGGAAGAUGACGUCAACAUUAUCAAAAGUUGGAUGCAAACGCAACCGCACCUCCCAGAGACAAUGGAGGACGUCAAAAUUCGGAAUUUUCUCAAUCUAAAUAAGUUCAGUAUUGAAAAAACGAAAGAAAAGAUUGAUAUGUAUUAUACUAUCAGAAGCGUGAUUCCUGAUGUAUUCGAAGUAAAUAAUCUGAAAUGCGAGAAGCUGGAAAAUUUGUUUAAGGAUACGUAUUUUUUUACAUUUCCAAAGGCGGUAAACGGAGCUCAUUGUGUAUAUUUCGUAAAACCGAAAACACCAGACACUGUUAAUCUUCUAGAAGUGAUAAAUGUAUGGUUUGCCAUUUUCGAAAUUCGACUCUCCGAGGAUUUUAUGGUUGACGACAUUGUCAUAGUUGAUUUUGAAAAUUUCAGUCUCUCAGAUAUCAAACAAUGUACUCCUACGAUUGUCAGCAAAUUCUUUGCUGUUUAUAAGAAAGUCUACGCCCUCCGACUAAAAAAACUUAUUUACGUAAAUUGCCCGUCUUUUACCUCCGUCUUGGUAUCGGUUUUAAAAGCUGUAAUGAAACCCAAAAUUUUUACUCGACUAGAAUUGCAUGAAGAUGCUGCCGUAUUGAAGGACUUUUUCCCCCAAGACGAACUCCCACGGGACUAUGGAGGCGAAGGACCUUCUUUGGACCAACUGAAUGGUAAUAUGAAAAAGAAACUUUUCGAAUACGAAAAUCGGUUGCAGCACGUGUAUAAAUUGAGGGUUAACGAAACACUUCGCCCCCAAAAACUAAACAACGACGAAAUUUUGGGAUUCUAUGGCAGCUUCAAGAAAAUAAAUGUCGACUAAACACACAACAAUAGAAAUGUUUAUGUAUAGUUUUUACAACAAUAAAUUUCCACAAAAAUGCGGUUUAUGUAAAUUAA